AUUUUUUGUGUACUCUUUCUCUAUCCUGAUCCUGACCUAUCUACAUCUGGAAAAUGUUUUCUCUAAGAAAGCUAGCCUACUGUGCUUGCGAUGACGAAGAAAGAGAAUUUUAUGACGAUUUAGAGACGAUAAAAAUCGACAUUCAAGAUUGUUGUAUCGAUUUAUUGAAUUUUCUAAAAAAUGAGACAAAAUCAAAUAUCAUGUAUGACAAUAUUGAUUCAAACUAUUACGAAUACUCGAUGAUUGAGAAGGCCUCAGCUAGUGGACAUCUGGAGUGCUUAGCGUUCGCCGAAAGUCGCGGGUUCCCAUGGACGCGAACCAUAUGCGUGCAGGCGGCCGCCAAUGGACAGCUCGAGUGCCUUAAGUACGCACACGAGCGGGGCUGUCCAUGGGACGUGUCGGUGUGCGAGUACGCCGCGGCCAACGGCCACUUGGAGUGCCUGCGAUACGCCCGGGAACAGGGUUGUCCAUGGGACUUGUACGUGUGUGAGAAAGCGGCCAGAAAUGGCCAACUCGAGUGUCUGGCGUACCUCCAUGACAACGGGUGUCCCUGGGACGAGUCCACGUGUGAGGCAGCCGCGGCAGGUGGGCACAUCGACGUACUGCGGUAUGCGUACAAUCAUGGCUGUCCCUGGGACUCAGCUACGUGUCGGGAAGCCGCGGCCAACGGCCACCUAACUUGUCUAGUUUACGCUCACGAAAAUGGUUGUCUGUGGGACUGCACGACAUGUGAAGAGGCCGCAGCCGGUGGCCAUCUCCACUGUCUAAUGUAUGCGCACAACAACGGCUGCCUUUGGGACAUGUCCACGUGUGACGAAGCAGCGUCAAACGGGCACAGCCAAUGUCUGGAAUACGCGCUAAAAAACGGUUGUGAGUGGGAUGGACGGAUUCCAUGGUGAUAGGCAAUAGUACCUCCAUGUAUUAUCAUCUCCAUAUUCUGUCCAUGUGUGCCUCUGAACUCUUCCUAAACGGCUAUAUCGAUUUUGAUUUUUUGUGUGUGUUUGAGUGGUUCCCUGGAUGGUUUAGAUUCACAAUUAGACCAGGUAGGUCCAACCUGGAGAGGUGUUUAAAUAAGGAUUUUGAGAUUUUCGAUGGGAAUAUUUGUUUAUAAAUAGUUGCUGUGAGUUAUAAAAGAAAUAUUAAUUUUUUUUUGUAGAUAAAUGAUUACUAUUAGUUAUACUCGGGCAGAUGAGAAAGAGUGUAUAUUUUUAGCUAUUAUAUAGGUACUCAAAAGCUACCAAACCGAUUUUGUGAAAAUGUCAAAUUGUUAUUGCAGAUAUCAGGAAAGCUUAAAGAAUAGUUUGAAUGACAUUCGAUUUAUAAAAAGUGCUAUAUCCAAUCCACCAAAAAUGUAUUGUCCAUCUUUUGUAUUAUAAAUUUUAUAUUUUUUCAUUUUCCUACGGAUGAAACCGGGUUAUACAACUAAAAUUGGACGUCGGUUCAUCCGAAGUUUAUAGUCUAAAAAAACGACUGGACCGUUUUCAAUAAAAGUGUACUGUGUAACUUUUAGUAUAUUGCAAUUGUUCAUGGUGAAGACAUUUUAUAUAACAGAAAAUAAGUAAUAAUUUAAAUUAGAUUAACAAAAGUUUGGAUAGACCAUGGUCAUCCUGUAUUAUAUAAUAUGCUUUGGAGUUUUCAUUUUUUUUUUUAUAAAUACCUACCUUUUAACCUUUGAACCAUACAAAGCUAAAAAAAUUGGUUUAACGAACAUUCUUGUCUUAUAAAAUAAAUCCCUAUUGUACGACGACAAAUCAUUGUUUAUAUGAUUAUGAAUAUGCUUUUAUUUGCGCAGUUUCCAUUUACCAUGUUUGAAUUAAUUUUUUUUUUUUUUAGCAGACUCCAUAAUGUUUUGCUUGUUUUCUAAUGUAACAUUUCAAUAAUGUUUCCCGGUCUAUUACUUUAUUUAGAAUGUGUAGUGUGUCCGAAAAACAUUAACUAUUGUUAACUUAGAUAUAAUAAUAUUUUUGGCCCAAAGAGUGUUUUAAAAUGGUCUAAAACUAUGCCAAACUUUAAUUAUUAAUAUAAAUCAUUUUUGUAAUUUAAAUUCUUUCAAAAGCUAUGCAAAUAUUCUUGAUUUAUCUAGUAUAUAAUUAAUAUUAUUCAAUUUAAAUAUUAUUUACUUACCUAUGCUAUAUUUUUUCUGUCCUUAUUUUAGACAUUUAUUCUAAUUAAAAUAUUGCUCACUAUACUAUUUUAUUCUAAUGCGUACUAUUACUUUAUGCUAUUAUAUGUUAAUUGUAUAUAAUAUAUAUUAUACUAUUUAUUAUUAUAAUGUAUUACCUAUGUUUUUAUAAAAUAUAUUAUUAUUAUGAUAAAU